CCGGCGGGGAGCCGGGUUAAAGGUCCCCGGCUAAGCUCAACUGGCUAAGCUCAACUGUGUAGUCUUCGCAACUUUCCCACUGCCCGAAGCCGGCUUGACCCUACCAAGGCUGCUUCCACGGCUAGAUUACUCAAGAGCAACCAGCGAACAGGUGGCUAACGGGAGAGGGUUGGUCUUGCUCGCCACCUGGCCUCUGGGCAGCAGAGAGGGGGCAGGACCAGCUGGAAGCCGCAGGGCCCCGAGGAGGCUCGCGCCCUGGUGCCCCGGGGCCCACGUCACUACUGUGCCUCUGCGUCGGCAAGCGAGCCGGAGCCCUCAGAAGACUCCCCUGAAGUGCCCAAGGAGAUGCUCGGCCCCCGCCAGUGUGUCCCGCAGGGAAACUGAGGCAGGGCGUGCGAAUGGAUUCUCUCCUUCCCGCCUACAUUCCAGACGGGACCACAGGGAAGGACGGGGAGAUGGGGAGGGGGUCGAAAGCAAGCGAGGUCUGGGGAGCCGGCCGACAUUGCCACACUCAAGAUGGCGGCGCGGCCGCGGCGAGGUCCCUCAGAGGCGGUACCAACGCAUGCGCAGCGCGGAGUCCCGGCCCGGGACACAAGAUGGCGGCAGCGGCGCUGGGGAGGGCGAGGCGGAGGCGGCAAAACGGGCGGUCGAGCAGAACGUGUGGCCGCGUCCCCUCGAGUCCGCUUCGGGCAGCUGCUGAUGCACGGAGUCCCCUGCGUCCCUGUCAACUACACUGCUGACCAGCCUACCUUCCUGUGCUACACCUUCCUGUGGGCCUCCCCUCUGCUUCUGUGGGACCCUGUGACGUGGGUUCAAUCCAGCCAGAGAAGAAAACCCUCUCAUGCUAGUGUUGCAGACCCCAGAGGGUCCCGUGUGGCUGCUGAGAUGGCCAAUGAGAAUCAUGGCAGCCCCCGGGAGGAAGCAUCCCUUCUAAGUCACUCUCCAGGCACCUCCAAUCAGAGCCAGCCCUGUUCUCCAAAGCCAGUCCGCCUGGUACAGGACCUCCCAGAGGAGCUGGUACACGCAGGCUGGGAGAAGUGCUGGAGCCGGAGGGAGAGCCGUCCCUACUACUUCAACCGAUUCACCAACCAGUCCCUGUGGGAGAUGCCCGUGCUGGGCCAGCACGAUGUGCUUUCGGACCCUUUGGGGCUGAAUGCAACCCCAUUGCCCCAAGACUCAAGCUUGGUGGAAACUCCCCCAGUGGAGAACAAGCCCAGAAAGCGGCAACUCUCAGAAGAGCAGCCAAGUGGCAACGGUGUAAAGAAGCCCAAGAUUGAAAUACCUGUGACACCCACAAGCCAGUCCGUACCCAGUUCCCCCAGCAUCCCAGGAACCCCAACACUAAAGAUUUGGGGUGGAUCUGCUGAAGAUAAACAGCAGGCAGCUCUCCUCCGACCCACCGAGGUGUACUGGGACCUGGACAUCCAGACCAAUGCUGUCAUCAAGCACAGGGGUCCUUCAGAGGUCCUGCCCCCACACCCUGAGGUUGAGCUGCUCCGCUCCCAGCUCAUCCUGAAGCUACGCCAGCACUACCGGGAGCUGUGCCAGCAGCGUGAGGGCAUUGAGCCACCUCGAGAAUCUUUCAACCGUUGGAUGCUGGAGCGCAAAGUAGUAGACAAAGGCUCUGACCCCCUGCUGCCAAGCAACUGUGAUCCAGUUGUGUCACCGUCUAUGUUUCGUGAAAUUAUGAAUGACAUUCCCAUCAGGUUAUCCAGAAUCAAGUUCCGGGAGGAAGCCAAACGUCUGCUUUUUAAAUAUGCAGAGGCUGCCAGGCGGCUCAUCGAGUCUAGGAGUGCAUCCCCUGACAGCAGAAAAGUGGUCAAGUGGAAUGUGGAAGACACCUUCAGCUGGCUUCGGAAGGACCAUUCAGCCUCCAAGGAGGACUACAUGGACCGCCUGGAGCACCUGCGGAGGCAGUGUGGGCCCCAUGUCUCUGCUGCAGCCAAGGACUCUGUGGAAGGCAUCUGUAGCAAGAUCUACCACAUCUCCCUGGAGUAUGUCAAACGGAUCCGAGAGAAGCACCUCGCCAUCCUCAAGGAAAACAACAUCCCAGAGGAGGUGGAGGCCUCAGAGUUGGAGCCCCGCCUGGUGUACUGCUACCCAGUCCGUCUAGCUGUGUCUGCACCCCCCAUGCCUAGUGUGGAGAUGCACAUGGAGAACAGUGUGGUCUGCAUCCGGUAUAAGGGAGAGAUGGUCAAGGUCAGCCGCAGCUACUUCAGCAAACUGUGGCUCCUUUAUCGCUACAGUUGUGUUGAUGACUCUGCCUUUGAGAGGUUCCUGCCUCGAGUCUGGUGUCUUCUCCGUCGGUACCAGAUGAUGUUUGGCGUGGGCCUGUAUGAGGGGACUGGCCUGCAGGGAUCGCUGCCUGUGCACGUCUUUGAGGUCCUGCACCGACUCUUUGGCGUCAGUUUCGAGUGCUUCGCCUCACCCCUCAACUGCUACUUCCGCCAGUACUGUUCUGCCUUCCCUGACACAGAUGGCUACUUUGGCUCCCGCGGGCCCUGCCUGGACUUCGCCCCGCUGAGUGGCUCCUUUGAGGCCAACCCUCCGUUCUGCGAGGAGCUCAUGGACGCUAUGGUCUCUCACUUUGAGAAACUGCUGGAGAGCUCACCAGAGCCCCUGUCCUUCAUUGUGUUCAUCCCCGAGUGGCGGGAGCCCCCCACACCAGCGCUCACCCGAAUGGAGCAGAGCCGCUUCAAACGCCACCAGCUGGUCUUGCCCGCCUUUGAGCACGAGUACCGCAGUGGCUCCCAGCACAUCUGCAAGAAGGAGGAAAUGCACUACAAGGCCGUCCACAACACAGCCGUGCUCUUCCUGCAGAACGACCCCGGCUUUGCCAAGUGGGGGCCAACGCCAGAGCGACUGCAGGAGCUCACCACUGCCUACAAGCAGUCAGGCCGCAGCCACGGCUCCAGCUCUUCCUCCUCCUCCUCAGAGGCCAAGGACCGGGACUCGGGCCGGGAGCAGGGCCCUAGUCGAGAGCCUCACCCCACUUAACAUAUCCUUCGGGGAGGAGGAGCCCCAGGGGUGCUGUGACUGACUGCUGGGACUAAGUCCUCAGGGCUGAGUAGGCUCCAGGGCCCUCCCCUGGGGUGGCAGCAGGACUUGGGCUGCCAAGGACAUAGGAAUAUUAUGGCUCUGCCAGGGCUCCCCCUCCCUGCGAUUCACCAAGUCCCUUGUAAAUAGGCCCAUGCCUUCCCAGCCCCACAUUGACCCUGUUGCUGCCUUGUUUCAUUUGUAAAAGGAAAUACAGAAACUCCCUAAGAGUG